AUGUCUAUAGGAGACGGGAUACUUAAUUCUGGCCGUGAUAGAUUAUUUGAGUUAACCAAUGAUAGUAUCGUGACACCUCCACGAAGUUUAGAUUCAAGCGAAUCGUUAUCCGCACCAAUAAUUAAACAGAGGUUUGAUGACAGAGCUCAGACAAAACUUAGCUUAAUUUUAAAAUCUCAAAGAUCUCAUAUAAAGAGUUCCCAUAUUUCGAACUCUAGUGAUUCACUAGAGGGUCCUUUCAUUAGGUGGACAGAUGCUCAGCUGAUAUCGAAUAUAAUCAGCUCUCCUGAAUUUUUGAGAAAGUAUGGCCCUUGUGUAUAUAUUCAGCCUUCACCAAUACACAUUGUUAUAGGCACGGAAAGAGGGUACGUGAUAGGCUUCAGCUACCACCAGGAAAUAGAAUUUGUCUUGAAAUCUGAAGAGAAUGGAAAGGAUAGUGCUCAGGAAAGAAUGCAGCUUACUUGUUUAGCAAUCUCAGGUGAUUCCUCUUUUGUAGCUGCUGGAUAUACCAGUGGCCAGAUAGUAAUAUGGGACCUAUCAUCUGUUGGUUCAGAACUUACCAAUGAAACAUCGCAUCCAUAUUUUGUUCUUAAACCCAUAACAAUAGAGCAGAGAUACACGGAAAAAUUACAAGGUCAUUUGAUAGGAAUACCAAUAUCUUCAAUUAAUUUUCUUAAUACCCUGAAUUUUCAAAUAUUGUCAACUGAUGUUUCAGGAUUAGUGCUCUAUAGCAAUGGCUUCAAAAAGUUCUUGCGGAAGUACUUUGUAUCUCAGAAGGUGCUCGGUUCAAACGAUAUCAACUCUAAAGAUGCCAAGAACUCGAUUAAAGCAUGCGAGUUACUUCCGUUAGGAUCAUCUCAUCAAAUAACAGAUCAAAUCUGUCUUUUAGCAGUUAUAAAAGGAAAUACACUAUCAAUAUUUUCUUUAUUAUCCUUGAAUGAUCCAAAAAAUUUGAACAUUGUUAACCAUUUUAAUGUUAGAAGACCUAAACAGGUUUCAGACGCCUCUAAGUUUUCUGUGUGUUUAAAUUGGUUUCCUGCUUUAGAAAAGAGUGGCAGACUUAUCAAUGCGAGGUUAGCAUACGCAUGGCUGAACGUAUUAACGAUAUUAGAAGUGAAGAACAAUUGUCUCCCCAAGAACUUAUACUCUGUAAUAUCGGAACUCAAAGACAAAGAUAGGGCCGUAACGAAAUUACCUAUACUGAAAACGUGCUCAUGGGUCUGCCCCCCGGAAACUGGUAUUAUUUUGAACGUGAAAUGGUUGAGCUCCUACUUAUUAUGUGCUUUCGUACAAAAAGACCAAGAUAUGCAUAUACUCAUUCUCCAUUAUUCUACUUCGGAUGCAGAUUACUCAUUGACAUUGAUUGGCGAACAGCGUCUUCCUAAUAUUAAUGGUCAUCAAAGUCUCCUAGUUUCUGGAAACUCGAGUACUUUAAAUUAUGACAACGUAAUCAAGGUUUUAAAAUAUAAAAUUAUGCUAAUGACGGGAAUGGGUCUGGACAAGAGAAUAUCUAUAGGCAGACCUUUAAACUGGGCGGACAGGCUAAUACAUCUCUUAUCUGAGGGGGAUUAUUCUGGAGCCAUGAUAACUGCAAGUGAAUAUUUCAAUUCUAAUAGCCAGGGGAAAAAUAUAUUAAUUGGACUACCAGAAGGAUCUCAUUUAAGACGUAAACUAAUGAAACCAUAUUUGGUGCAAAUAAUGAGUGAAUCGAUUAGUCAUCUAUUCGCUGACGGUAGCAGUGACCAACAGAAGUUUUUGACUUUGUAUUUCGAUAUUACUAGUUCAUUAUCGAAAGAAUUCCCCUCUGAAGAAUAUUCAGCCAUAAUCGAGCUGCUCUUCGAUGCUUUUAAUGACACAGCCUUAUUUUUUGAAAUAUUGGAACCUUAUAUUUUAUCAGGUAAUAUUUCCGUUCUUCCCCCAACAGUGUUAAAGAGCUUAGUAGAUUCUUACGUUGAAAUGCAAGGAGGAGAUAUAUUAACACAAAUGCUUUGCAUUUUAGACUUGGGAUCAUUGGAUAUAGAUUUUACUAUUCUGUUGUGCUCCAAAUAUCAUUUGAAAGACUGUCUCGUUUACAUUUGGAAUAAAUUAUUAAAUGACUAUGAAACGCCGUUAAUCGAUUUCAUAAACGAUUCCCUUAUUGAUACGAAAAUAGAAGACUGCGCUAAGAUGUACACGUACAUGUCAUUCGUAUUGACUGGGAGACAAUACCCAACGGAUGGUUUUAUUGAUUUUCAAAAUGAAGAAAUGGGUAAGAGAAGUAUCUGCAACGUGUUAUUCAGCAAUACUGUGAAAGAAUCUUCAAACCAAGGGUUGAAAAGUUUAGUGGGAGACAGUAUCUUUCCUUAUUUGCGGCACCUUUUGAAAUAUAACUCUUUUGAAAUGCUAUCUACAUUGAACGAAUUUUUUGAGGACAGUUUCUUAAAUGAUGAUCAGAUUUUAAGUCGACAAUAUAUCACUGAAGCAUUACUAGACGUAUUCGAAGAGGCCAACUUCUCGGAUGAUGAUUGGUGUCAACUAGCCAUAUUUAUUGCAAGAAAUUAUCCCAAAUAUCCUCAAUUUAUUAGGUUAUCUGAAUCAGUUGUUGAAAAGGUUGUUGGUCUUUUGUGUGAAAAUCACGAUAUUAACAAUAAACAAGAUCGGGAGUUAGCAUUACAGUGUAUAUUACCUUUCUACGAUAAGGAUAAUGAUACACCAUCAUUUCUAGAAAUGUUGAAAGCUGCCAAAUUUUAUGAUGUUUUAAUAAGUUUAUAUUCUUCAGAGGGCAGGAGAGCAAAGGCCAUAGAAAUAUGGUUAGAGAAAAUAUCAAGUAAUGAACAUAAUGAGGAUCUAGUUGAAUCUUUCAAAUCCGUUCUUAGCUCUACUUUUCAAAAACCUAUUAGUAAUAUUGAAAGACUAAGUUUGGAUUCCUUCAUUAAAUCCAAUUUCACUCAAAUGGCCUCAAUUGAUACUGAGGUUUUUGCACAUACGAUUUCAGAAUUCAAUCCCAUAUUACAUGAGAAAAUUUUAGAUGUUAAGGAAGAAGACGUUGUCCAAAACUACUUAAAGUGUAUUUUAAACUACUAUGAUGUCAAGCCUGUACUGGAUCUUGAACCUCAAUAUCCUAAGUUUAUAUGUCGGGCAAUCACAAACGAUCCAAGAAAUGUAAAAUUCCUUAAAAAAUUCCUUGAAUUCCUUGCUAGGGACCAAAAAGAGCUUAACAAUGUCACUAAAGUUUUGAGAAAAGACCCACACGCGAUUGAAGGCUUAUAUGAGAUUUUGAUUUACCAACUGGAGUAUGAGGAAGCUUUAAAAAAUUUAAUUGAUGCUAUAAAAAAAAUGUCUCGAGAGGUAAAAAUUGCUUCUCACUUAAAAAAUAAAAUCAGACGAUUGUUAGAGUUGGCCAUGGAUGACUGUGAGGAGCCGGAGACUUACGUUAUGACAGAGGAUGAAGGUUUAUCUUUAAACGAGUCAAUGUGGUUGGAAUUGAUUCGAGCAUUGGUUACAUUAGCAAAUAGUGAAACUAACGACAACAAAGAGUUCUUUAAUGAAUGCAUUCACUCAUGUUUCAAGCGAAUCAGUGAUGCAAAGCUCAAUUUGGCCGAUCAAAAGGAAAAAUCAUUCCUUACGGUUUUCAAUCGGUUUUUGGAAGGUUCUUCGCAAAGCCCUGCUUUGUUGGCAAACGUUAGAGACAUUUUACAGGAUGUAUUUUUAUCUUACUACUACGAGAGCGAAUCACUUGACAUCUCAUUAAAAAUGCUAGAUGAAAGCAUCUACAAAAGCAUGGAGGUUGUGAAAAGUGACGAAAUCAGGGGCUGGGAUAUCAGGAACAAGACCUGCGCAUCGUGUGAGAAAAUUAUAUGGGGAAGUGAAAUUAGCGACAAGCAUUACGAUGCUUGGGAAUGUAGGCGAUGGAUGUUGAUUCACAAUGAAAAUCCAUUAGAUAUCCUGAAUCGCUAUCAUACUUGUUCUCUAAUUUUUUUCAAAUGUGCUCAUGGUUAUCACUUGAGCUGCUUAGAGAACUUAGGUUUCUCGAAAUCUAAAAGCUGUGUUUUAUGCGAAGCAAAAAAGUAA